AAAACAGAGCGGGGCCGACUGCAGCGUGUCGUGCGCGCGGGGCAGGACGCGCCGCCGGCCGCCCGGCGACCCGCAAGGAGUCACGUCCAUUGGAAGAGUUUGUGAAACCCUCUCUCCGUCCAGAGCUCCAGGACCAAUGUGUCCUCCCACUACCGGAAAUCACUGAACAGUUGAGAGCCCCAGUUGUGGAAGACUCAUCCUGCCUCCACCAUGAGCUCUGAAUGGGACGUUGGCGCCUCCAAGGCUGUGGUGAACGGCUUGGCACCUGGCAGCGAUGGGCAAGACAAAGACAUGGAUCCUACAAAAAUCUGCACCGGGAAGGGAGCGGUGACUCUCCGGGCCUCAUCUUCCUGCAAGGAACUCUCAAGCAGUAGCCCUGCGAGCCCUCAGGAAACCCCGCAACACGAAAGCAAACCAGGUCUGGAGCCAGAGACUUCCUCCACAGAUGAGUGGAGACUUUCUUCCAGUGCUGAUGCCAAUGGGAAUGCCCAGCCCUCUUCGCUCGCUGCCAAGGGCUACCGAAGUGUACAUCCCAACCUUCCUUCCGACAAGCCCCAGGGUUCCAGCCCUCUGCUAAAUGAAGAUUCUUCUUCCCGUGCUGAAACUGACUCCCAAGCCUUUACACCAGCUAGCAAGCCAUCAUCCGCCUACCCGUCCACAACGAUUGUCAAUCCCACUAUUGUGCUCUUACAACACAAUCGAGAACAGCAAAAGCGACUCAAUAGCCUUUCAGAUUCUGUCUCAGAAAGAAGGGUGGGAGAGCAGGACUCAGCACCACCCCAGGAAAAGCCCACCUCGCCCAGCAGGGCUCCUGAGAAGAGGCUGAAGAGUGACAGCCGGCGGGUAGUCAAGAGCGCUCAAGACCUGAGCAAUGUUUCCAUGGAUGAAGUGGGCAUCCCACUCCGGAACACCGAGAGAUCAAAAGACUGGUACAAGACUAUGUUUAAACAGAUCCACAAACUGAACAGAGACACUCCUGAAGAAAACCCUUAUUUCCCUACGUACAAAUUCCCUGAACUUCCUGAAAUCCAGCAAACUUCUGAAGAUGAUGACUCCGAUCUGUACUCUCCCCGAUACUCCUUUUCUGAAGACACAAAAUCUCCGCUUUCUGUGCCUCGCUCAAAAAGUGAGAUGAGCUACAUUGACAGUGAGAAGGUCGUUAAAAGAUCCGCCACGCUGCCCCUCCCGGCCCGCUCAUCCUCACUGAAAUCAAGCCCGGAAAGAAACGACUGGGAACCCCCAGAUAAGAAAGUAGAUACGAGAAAAUACCGUGCAGAGCCCAAAAGCAUUUACGAAUAUCAGCCGGGCAAGUCUUCCGUUCUGACCAACGAAAAGAUGAGUCGGGAUAUAAGCCCAGAAGAGAUAGAUUUAAAGAAUGAACCUUGGUAUAAAUUCUUUUCGGAAUUGGAGUUUGGGAAACCGACUAACCUAAACAAAGACCUCGACCUCUGCCAGACAGAGUUAGAGGCAGAUUUAGAAAAAGUGGAGACGCUUAAUAAAGCACCCAGUGCAGACGUGCCACAGAGCUCAGCCAUCAGCCCCACUCCAGAAAGUUCUUCAGAGCCUCCUGGAUAUAUAUAUUCUUCCAACUUCCACGCAGUGAAGAGGGAAUCAGAAGGGGCUCCUGGGGAACUCGCUAGCUUGGAGAAUGAGAGGCAGAUUUAUAAAAGUGUCUUAGAAGGUGGCGACAUCCCUCUUCAGGGCCUGAGUGGGCUCAAGCGACCGUCCAGCUCUGCUUCUACGAAAGUGGAUCGUAAAGGUGGGAAUGCUCACAUGAUUUCUUCAUCUUCAGUUCAUAGCCGAACGUUUAACACUAGCCAUGCGUUAGGCCCCGUGUGUAAGCACAAGAAGCCCCUGUCCGCCGCGAAAGCCUGCAUUUCGGAAAUCCUUCCUUCCAAAUUCAAACCCAGGCUCUCUGCUCCCAGCGCCCUUCUGCAGGAACAGAAGAGUGUGCUGUUGCCCUCAGAGAAGGCUCAGAGCUGCGAGAACCUCUGUGUUGCUUUGAACGAUUCCAAAAGAGGCCUCCCCCUCCAGGUGGGGGGCAGCAUCGAGAACCUUCUCAUGCGCUCCCGGCGGGACUGCGACAGCAAGUCCAGCAGCACCAUGAGCCUGCAGGAGUACAGCACCAGCGCCAGGAGGCCCUGCCCCCUCUCGAGAAAGGCCGGGAUGCAAUUCACCAUGUUCUACCGGGACAUGCACCAGAUCAACCGAGCCGGCCUCUUCCUGGGCUCCAUCUCCUCCUCCAGCGUCCGGGAUCUCGCCUCCCACUUUGAGAGGAGCGGCCUGGCCUUGGCCAGGGGCGAGCUGGGCCCCAGCCAGGAGGGCUCGGACCACAUCCCCAAGCACACCGUGUCCUCCCGCAUCACCGCCUUCGAGCAGCUGAUUCAGCGAUCCCGGUCCAUGCCGUCCCUGGACCUGUCCGGCCGGCUGAGCAAGUCCCCCACGCCUGUGCUGUCCCGGGGUGUCCUGACCUCAGCCCGCUCGGCCGAGUCCCUCCUGGAGUCCACCAAGCUCCGUCCCAAGGAGCUGGACGGGCUGAGCUCCGGUGAGGUCUAUGCCUCCCCGACGUGUAGCAACAUGGCGGACCACAGCUUGGGCUUCAGGGGCCUGGGGCCUUCUGAGCCCCUCUCCACCUGCUCCGACGAGCUGGACCACUGUUCCAGCGUCUCCAACGACAGCAGAGAGGGCAGCGGUGGCAGCGUGCACGGAGACUUCCCCAAACAUCGCCUCAACAAGUGCAAGGGCACCUGCCCGGCCUCAUAUACCCGCUUCACCACCAUCCGGAAGCACGAGCAGCAGCAGACCCCCCGCCAGUCCGACUGGCGCCUGGACUCCAGAGGGGACAAGAGCGCGCUCCUCAGGAAUAUCUACCUGAUGAGCCCCCUCCCCUUUCGGUUGAAAAAGCCCCUCCAGCACCACCCCAGGCAGCCUUGCCCUGGGGAUCCCUCAGGCCUCCCACCAGGCCCAAAGCCAGACCUCCCCCGCGUGUCCCCUCAAGACCAGCCCCCCUCCGGGGGGAAGCCCGCGGUCCCCGCACGCCUGUCGUCCCGACACACCAUGGCCAGGCUUAGCCGUAGCUCAGAGCACCCUCAGGAGAGACCCGCAGCCCCGGAGGCCUGCCCCGGGGCCAUUAAUAAUGGGAAUUCCAUGUCACACUCAGACCACGGCCUGGACGGGAACAACAACCCGCAAAGUGAACUGGCACCGUCCCACGGAGAUUCAGAAUCACCAAGACAUUUUAUACCGGCCGAUUACUUGGAAUCCACAGAAGAAUUUAUUCGAAGGCGCCAUGAUGAUAAAGAGAAACUUUUAGCGGACCAGAGACGGCUUAAGCGUGAGCAAGAAGAGGCCGAUAUUGCAGCGCGACGCCACACGGGCGUCAUCCCGACGCACCAUCAGUUUAUCACUAAUGAGCGCUUUGGGGACCUCCUCAAUAUAGACGAUACCGCGAAAAGGAAAUCUGGGUCAGAGAUGAGACCUGCCAGAGCCAAAUAUGACUUUAAAGCUCAGACACUAAAGGAGCUUCCUCUGCAGAAAGGAGACAUUGUUUACAUUUAUAAGCAGAUUGACCAGAACUGGUACGAAGGAGAGCACCACGGCCGCGUGGGAAUCUUCCCACGCACCUACAUCGAGCUCCUUCCUCCUGCUGAGAAGGCUCAGCCCAAAAAGUUGGCGCCAGUGCAGGUUCUGGAAUAUGGAGAGGCUACUGCUAAGUUUAACUUUAAUGGCGACACACAAGUAGAGAUGUCCUUCAGAAAGGGUGAGAGGAUUGCGCUGCUCCGGCAGGUGGAUGAAAACUGGUAUGAAGGGAGAAUCCCAGGCACGUCCCGACAAGGCAUCUUCCCCAUCACCUACGUGGAUGUGAUCAAACGGCCACUAGUGAAAAACCCCGUGGAUUACAUCGACCUCCCUUUCUCCUCAUCCCCAAGUCGGAGUGCCACUGCGAGCCCACAGUUUCCUAGUCAUAGCAAGCUCAUCAUGCCAGUCCACUCAUCCCUGCCCCACGCCCGCCGAGCCCUGUCCCCCGAGAUGCACGCUGUCACCAACGAGUGGAUCUCACUGACCGUAGGGGUCCCAGGCAGGCGUUCUCUGGCCCUGACCCCACCCUUACCUCCUCUACCGGAGGCGUCUAUCUACAACACGGACCACCUGGCCUUGACAUCGAGGGCCAGCCCCUCCCUGGCCCUCAGCUUCCCACGUUCAGGUUGGUCAGAUCAUCCCAGUCCACAAUCAGUAGCUUCCCCGCUGGCCCUACCUGCCCCGCACAAAGCCUACUCCCUGGCACCCAGUGCCCAAGCCCCGCUUCACAUCAAUGGAGACAGUGGCCUCCACGCUCUGCCUGCAGGCAGCUGCCCAGAUAGCUUCUCCCAGCCGCUGCCCGGGAGCUCUGAUAGCGUCAUCUUGGAGCUUAGCGAUGCCUUUAGCACCCAGAGCAAGAGGCAAUCGUGGCGAGAAGAGAACGGACAAUAUGAGAGGAAAGCGGACAGGGAGGCAGGUGGACCCAAGAUCUCUAAGAAGAGCUGCUUGAAGCCUUCAGACGUGGUCAGGUGCCUGAGUACUGAACAGAGACCCUCAGAUCUCAACACCCCUGACGAGAACCGGCCCGCCAAGCCCCUGGGUAGCCCUUUUCCAGGAAGGGAGGCUGAGCACACAGAGCGGCCUAGAGGUGACGAGCAGGCUGAGAGGAAAACUGCUCAGAGAGGUGGGAGCCAGCUUUCUCAUCAUUCAUUGAGCGCAGGACCUGAUCUCACAGAAUCUGAAAAGAGCUAUGUGGAAGCGGUUUGCAAUGAGAUCAUAAACGUUGCCGAAAAGUCUGUUCAUUACUGCAGCACUGUUUCUCAUCCCCUUGACUUUCAUCACAAGGUAUCCCCUUCUGACAAUAAAUCAUCUUCCAUCAUUUCUCAGCAACCUCAAGCCCAGCAGCGAAGAGUCACUCCAGACAGGAGUCAAACCUCACAAGAUUUAUUUAGCUACCAAGCAUUAUAUAGCUAUAUUCCACAAAACGAUGAUGAGUUGGAGCUCCGUGAUGGUGAUAUCGUUGACGUCAUGGAAAAGUGUGACGAUGGAUGGUUUGUUGGCACUUCAAGAAGGACAAGGCAGUUUGGUACUUUUCCAGGCAACUAUGUAAAACCUUUGUAUCUAUAAGAAGACUGAAAAGCCACCGAGAUUGUUUUUAUUGGAAGAUGAAGCAUAAUUCAUGAACCGAUCUCUUUAGUUGAGUCAGUAGGAAAAUUAACGCAGUGGAUACAGCAAGAAGCAAAAACAGAGGGACAGAGAAGUGUGCUGAAAGCCCAAGCCUGUCUAAGGUUACUGCGUAUCGGACAGGGCCGAACGUGUGCUGAGCAAAAGGAACUGAGGCAAAUCGUAUUUACUUAGCUGCUUCUGGGAGCCACUCCAGCCUUCUCCUUCCUUCCACCUCUGGGUAAUCUGACCUGGAGCAUAGGCCAAGAGCAGAGUUAGCCAGAAACGCCGCCUGUGGCCUGGCCUUUACCAGUCCCUUUCUUAAAGGGGUCACUGAGCCUGGGCAACCCUCGGGGUGCCAGGCAGGUCCCUAGCCAUUGUCUAGAGGCUCCACCAACACCCAGCUUCCCUGGAGCCAGCUGGUCACCCCCACCCAAUACCUCCCC